UAAAAAAAAAUAAUAAUGGAACAUUUGGAAUUUAAUCGACAAUAUUUACGACGUACAAGUCGAGCAUUAAGUUUGACACCCGAAGAACAAGAACAAAGGACAGUGAUUUUAAAAAAUGAUUUGUUAUUACAUGAAGCAGUGAUCAAAUGUGAUUUGGAUGGGAUUAAGAAAGUUUUAAAACAGCCUGUGGAUGUGGAUUCCAGAAAUAAUUAUGGACGAGCCCCAAUUCAUUGGGCAGCAUCCCGUGGUAAUAUUGAAAUUAUGGAAUUAUUAAUCGCCGCUAAAUGUGAUAUCGAAGUAGUAGAUAAGUAUGGUAUGAGACCAAUUCAUAUGGCUGCAUGGCGUGGCCAUAAGGAUGCAGUUCAAUUGUUAAUAAAUGCUGGUGCUUCUGUGAAUGAAUUAAAUAAAAAACAUAAUACGUUACUUAUGUGCGCAGCUCAAAGUAACAAAUCAUCUGUAGUCAAUUUUUUAUUGGAAACCUUAGAAGAAGUGGAUGUCAAUGCGGUGGACUUAAGUGGACAAAGUGCAUUAUAUUUAGCGGCUGCAAAUGGAUUUGCUCAAAUUGUCAAACGUUUAAUCGAAUUUGGUGCCUCACAUGAUCUUCGUAAUAAAAAUAAGAAAACACCCUUACAUGCAGCUUGUGAAAAUGGCCAUAUUGAUGUAGUCAAAUAUUUAUUAAGUCAGGAAUCAAGUGUGGAAGCGCAAGAUGAAGAUGGUAAUACGCCGUUGCACUUUGCUGUGGAACAUCAAUUUAAUGAGUUAGUAUUAUUAUUGUUGGAUAAUGAAGCGAAUCCAGAUACUAAAAAUACGAAAGGCUUAACGCCUUUACAUAUUGGGGCCAAAUUAGGAUGUAAAGGUAUUAUAGAAACUUUAAUUCAACAUGGUAGUUCCCUAAAUAUUCAAUGUAAUACUGGCGAAACUCCUUUACAUCUUGCCAGCCAUGCCAAUCAAGUGGAAAUUGUAGAAAUACUAAUUGAAAAAGGUGCUGAUUUGAAUUGCUUAAAUAAUAGAUUACAGUCUGCUAUUCAUAUUGGCGCCGAAAUGGGUCAUACUGAUAUAUGCCGAUUACUAUUAGCGGCUGGUGCUGAUAUAGAGCAACGUGAACAAACUGGAAAUACACCCCUAUAUAUAGCGGCACGAGGCAGUUUUACGGCUAUUGUUGAUAUGAUAAUUAAAACGGCCCGAUUGGAUUAUCCAGCUCACGAAGGAACUAAUGGUAAUACAAAAGAUGUCCCAGCAAAACCAAUAUUAAAUACCGCACGAAAAAGAUGGAAAAUACCAGCAAAUAAUUGUGAAGAGAAUGGUAAUCAUUUAAAAGAUGAUAGUAAACAAGGCUUAAAAAGUAUUUUAUGGAAAUUAGCAUAUAAACAAUUGGGUCCAGGUGAAUGGAAACGUUUAGCAUUACAUUGGGCAUUCACAGAUGAACAAAUUCGAGCCAUUGAACAUCAAUAUACCGGGUCUACAAGCUACAAAGAACACGGAUAUCGUAUGCUAUUAAUUUGGAUGCAUGGUUUAUCCGAUGAUGUCAAUCCAAUUAAAGAGUUGUAUGAAAGUCUUGUAGCAAUUGAUAAAACUUCCGUUGCAGAAGUCUUACGAAAGAAAGUCGAAAAGGAUAAUUGCAGUGAUAAUGGAAAUCAAAAAAUUUGUAAACAAUAUAUUGUAUUUUCUCGGAAUAGCAAAUUUGAUAGAGCAUUAAAUCCGUAUUAA